GUAUUUUAAAUCAUCUUAUCUAGUAAAGACGCGAAGAACCAAAUAUUCUCGUCUCUUAUUUUUUAUUCUAAUUUAAUUUAUUUAAAAAAAAAACUUUAAUUACAAAAAAUGGCGCCACGCAACAAGGAACAAGAACAAGAAGUCCUCAACUGGAUCUUCAACGUUUUGGGAGAACCCGUGCCAAGCGGCGAUUAUGAAGAUAUCUUGAAGAAUGGCGUUGUUUUGUGCAAAUUGAUGAACAAACUCGCCCCCGGAUCCGUUAAGAAGAUCCAAGAACGCGGCACAAACUUCCAACUUAUGGAAAAUAUUCAAAGAUUCCAAGCUGGCAUGAAAGCUUAUGGCGUCCCACAAGAAGAAAUCUUCCAAACUGCCGACUUGUUUGAGCGUCGUAACAUCCCCCAAGUCACCCUGAGCUUGUAUGCCCUCGGCAGAAUCACACAACUCCAUCCCGAGUACAAUGGACCCUCAUUGGGACCCAAAAUGGCGGAGAAGAACGAACGCCAAUUCACCGAAGAGCAAUUGCGUGCCAGCGAGGGACAUCUUAACCUCCAAAUGGGCUACAACAAGGGAGCUUCCCAAGCAGGACAUGGAGGUUUCUCCAAUACUCGUCACAUGUAAAGAAGCCAUUUUACAUUUUACACUAAAUUACACUUUUACACUUGACACCCACUCACAAAUACACAAAAAAAAAUACAUUGAACACUUAUUUAUUACAAAAUUCAAAAAUAAUUGUAUUAUGUUAGCGAUUAACUUUGUCUAAAAAUUUUCACUUGUUUAAUAAAAUUCUUCUAAACUAAACAAAACAAAAAAUUGGAUUUCCAAUUCCUCAAAAGAAUAAAUCGGAAAAUAUCACAAAUCACAAUUAAUUAAGAAAUGCCAACAUUUAACCUGUCAUUAAACCGCAGAUAUGCCAUAAAAAUAAUAAUAAUGGCAAAUCUGUUUAUUUUUCUAUAACUACAUGCAAUUCAAAUUACAAAAUUAGAUUUACUAUAAAAUACGAGGCUUAGAUACUGAAUACAGUGCAUUGAAUUGAGUUUCUUUAUUUUUAAUAAAUAAAAAUAAUUAUUAAAUAAUUGAUGGCUUGUAAAAUAUUUAUGAUAUGCCGAGAGAGACCUGACGGUAUUACUUAUAGGAAAUGGUCAAGGUCAUUGCAGACUUGUAGUUUGUUUUUUGCAGUUAUUUAAUAGAAUAGAAUAAGUGAUAUAUGGAAGUUUAAUGUAAUAGAAAAUUAAUUUGCCUACUUGGAAGAGAUCCUUAAAUUAGUUGAGGUUAAAGGUUGAUAUAUGAAAAAUUAUAUAAAGUAUGAACUAACCAGUUACGAGACUUGUUAAGUUAUUAGUUAAGUGAUAAUAGGUCAAAAGUGAUUUUAAUUUUUUUUUUAUUACAGUUAAUGGCUUGUAAUAGA